UUUAGUCUCUUCUUUACCAAUGAGAUAAAAAACAGUAAUUUCGGACCUCGAAGGUUAGAAUAUGUCUAGAACAAUUUGAAGUAUGCAUCUUCCGUUAAUGUCGGCUUACAGUUGUGUUUUUAUUUAGUCUGUCAUAGAUGCUCAGUUAUUUUAGUUUGUUUUUUAAUGAUAAUAUUUUUGAGUAAUAAUUGGAUGAAGAUUUAGUUGAGAUUAUUAAAUUACACUGUUUAUAAUGGCUGAAAGUUCAUUUUCUGAAAGUUUUACCCUGCUUGAGAACUCAAGUGCUAGCUUGAAUGGGGUCAUUUUUCACAAUGUGCAAGCAGUUUAUUCUGCUGAUGAAGCUAUAAAUUGCACUUAUUCCAUUACUGAUGAAAUUGAACCAGAAUCGGGUGAUGUCAUUGGACUGUUCAAAGUCGGUUGGACUUCUUCUUCAGAAUGUUUUUCAUCAGUCCCUGCAAAGACCCCUGUCAAUAAAGAUAAACAGUUUCUAAAAUCUGUUUUUGGAGCUCAUCUGCUCCCCAAUGAUUCUUCAGAGUUGUAUCAGUUUUGUUACAUCUCCAAGAUGCGAGUUGUUGGUGCUAGUACUCCAUUCACAUUCGAGAGCGGUGACAUAGUUGCCGUAGAAGACCCAACAGAUCCUGGAUUACUCGUCUUUAAAUCGCGAGUGAGUCAGUUGAAAGAUGAACUAUACAAGCUAUCUGAUGAGAAAAGUUAUUAUGCUACUAAGUAUAAAUUAAUCUAUAACAAUUUUUUUAAAUUGAAGUCUGAAUUUGAUAAUGUAGAAAAAGAAUUACAAGUGGAGAGAGAGAAAACAAAGCGACUUGAAGAAGCCAAUGCUAUAUUGGAAAAUCAGUUGAAGGAGAAGGAUACUGAUAAUGAGUCAAAUAGUUUAAAAGAACUUGUUGAACCAGAAAAUUCAGGUAUAAGAUCGCCACCAGAAGUUAUUGAACUUGAUGAGGGCACUAAGCUUAAAAGUGAAGCAAUGCAUGCUGCUGUGUGGAAAUCUCUGUGUGAGGUAACUUAA